AUCUCAUAAGUGGUUUCUGAUAUACUUUGAGAUUGGUCCGAAGUUUUCAACAAGACAGGUAAUUAUCCAUUUUAUCGUUGAUAUUCAUUAUUAGCCAAUUUUUUGAUUUUUUACCAAAAUACGACAGUUUGAAAGUCAGGCAUAAGAUGGGCUACCAUGAGACACGAAUUUUGGGCCUCCUUGAGACGUGUCUCAUGGUGGCCCAUAAGUAAAGAUUCCUAUUGAAUAAGUUUUUCGUUCAAGGCAUGUCAAGAGGACGAAAAAGGAAAUCUGACAAAGGCCUGUUCAGUGCAGACUCGAUGAAACAGGCUGUCAAAGAUGUAAUUGUACAUAACUUGAGUUUAAGGAAGGCAGCGGAGAAAAACAACGUUAAACACCAGACAUUAGCUAGGUACGUUAAAAAAACACAAGAUACUAAAGGUAAUAAAGAAGAAUUAUCUUACCGCCCCCACUAUGAUACACGGAGAGUGUUUUCCGACGAACAGGAAAAUAUUCUGAAGGAUUUCAUUAUCAAAUGUAGCCAAAUGUGCUACGGCAGGUCCACAAAAGAUGUUAGACAGUUAGCUUAUGAACUUGCCGUCCACAACAAAAUUCAUAUCCCAAAGCAAUGGAUAGAGAAUAAGACAGCGGGGGUGGACUGGUUACAGGGGUUCAUGAAACGUCACCCAGAACUGAGUAUUAGGCAACCAGAAGCCUGCAGCCUUUCUAGAGCUACAUCCUUCAAUCGCAACAACGUCGAGCAGUUUUUUCGAAACUUAGAAGAUGUAUUGAAGCGCUACAAUGGUUUUGCCGCUGGAACUCGUGUCUAUAAUCUGGACGAGACCUCCACAACCACAGUCCAAAAAUCCUCAAGGAUUUUAGCGAAAAAAGGAGUGAAGCAAAUAAACAAGGUGACUAGUGGAGAACGUGGAUUAUUGGUAACCACCUGCUGCAUUAUAAGUUCUGCAGGAAAUGCUUUACCACCAGCUAUGAUCUUUCCCAGGGUUAAUUUCAAGCCUCACAUGUUACACGGAGCUCCAUCAGGAACCUUAGGCCUCGCUACCCCAUCGGGUUGGAUGAAUUCUGAGCUUUUCGUAUCUGUUAUUAAGCACUUUAUUUUUCACUCUGGCAGUUCAAAGUUGAAUCCAACCUUGCUACUGUUCGAUAAUCAUGAAAGUCACCUUUCAAUUGAAACCCUGAACCUGGCUAAAGACAACGGAGUUGUUAUUUUAACACUGCCGCCCCAUUGUUCUAAUAAACUACAACCAUUGGAUGUAUCAGUAUUUGGGCCAUUCAAGACCUAUUAUAACAGUGCAUUGGACUCAUGGAUGAUGACAAAUCCUGGAAUUCCAGUUACAAUAUUCCAGAUUGCCGAGUGCGUUGGAUAUGCGUUUGACAAAUCCAUGACCCCUAACAACAUCAAAGCAGGUUUCGAAAAAUGUGGCAUUGUGCCAUUUGAUAGCCACGUUUUUGGAGAUGGCGAUUUCCGAAUGAGCAGCGUCACUGAUAGGGAGGAACCUUCAAAAACAAGCCAAGGAGAAAUUACUGUUGAAACACCUACUGACAAAAGCGAAGUUUUAGAAGCUCAUACAGGCAAUAAGGAAAUUGAAUUAUUAAACAGAACUCCUGAAAAAAAUACUUCAGAAGCGAUUAACUUUAAAUCCCCGGAAGAACUAUUUGGAUAUCCAAAAGCCAAACCAAGAAAAACCUCUAAUCCCAGAAAGAGGGGUAAAAGUAUUAUAGCUACUGAUACACCCGAGAAAUUAGAAAUUGAAAAUAAAUUUUUGGAGAAGAAGCGGAAGGAGUCACUUAGAAUGGCCAAGAGAACCAAGCGAAUGUUGGUCCAUUUGCCAAUAGCUAAAAAAAAUCGACAAUAUGCUUCGUCAUCUGAAAGUGAACAUAGCUCAUUCAUUUCUGAUUCCUCAGACGCAGAGUCGUUUGAUGAGUUAAAUAUGAACGGAAAAGCAGAAGUCAAGGCAAAAUGGCAAAAUUUAAGAAGCAAUUAUAUGAGGGAAAAGCGGAAGCUGAAAAAUAUCCCUUCUGGGGCCGAUGCAAAAAGGGCGAAAAUUACAUGGCCGUACUUCAAGUCACUGUGGUUUCUCGAUCCACCAUUGAAACAUAAAGCAACUUCAGGAAACGUUCCAGAAUCCGCCAAUUUCAAUACUAGUGAAAUUGCUGAGGAUAACACAGAAUUUGAUUAUGAGCUGCAAGAAGAAAGCCAAGAGUCGCUUCAAGAAGAAGGGGACUCUCAUCAACAAAGAAUUAUUCAGUCAAAGGGAGUUGAAAAUAAUAUGCAAGAUUUUCAACCUUACUCCCAUCGAUCAAACAAUUGA